CCCAAUGACAUAUUACAAUGUGGAAAGCAACGUUGACCUCCCCCCGAAAUCACCUCUAAUGAGAAGCCAUGUUUCGGUCUUUAGGACGCGUUCAGCAGUUUAACUGCAACUUCCUGACUCUGCAGAGGCUCAGCGCUACCUCUAAACUCCACAUCUGCACGUCCAGAAUGGCCAGCUCGGACUACAGGAUUGAACGGGACACGUUUGGGGAGCUCAAGGUCCCGGCCGACAAAUACUACGGGGCCCAAACUGUCAGAUCGACCAUGAACUUCAAGAUAGGGGGACCAAGUGAGAGAAUGCCCAUCCAAGUGAUCAAGGCCUUUGGUGUCCUGAAGAAAGCAGCUGCUCAGGUGAACAAGGAGUACGGCCUGGAUCCAAAAAUAGCCGAGGCAAUCGUCCAGGCUGCAGAUGAGGUUUCAGCCGGUAAGCUGGAUGAUCAUUUCCCUCUGGUGGUGUGGCAGACUGGCUCUGGAACUCAGACUAACAUGAAUGUCAAUGAGGUGAUCAGCAACAGGGCUAUUGAGAUCCUGGGAGGGAAACUGGGCUCCAAGGACCCAGUUCACCCCAAUGACCAUGUCAACAAGAGUCAGAGCUCCAAUGACACCUUCCCCACGGCCAUGCACAUUGCAGUAGCCACUGAGGUCCACCAGGUCCUGUUGCCCGGCCUGCAGACUCUGCACGACGCGCUCGCUUCAAAGGCUGAAGAGUUUAAAGACAUCAUCAAAAUUGGGCGCACGCACACUCAGGACGCUGUGCCGCUCUCGCUGGGCCAGGAGUUCAGCGGUUACGUCCAGCAGGUGAAGUACAGCAUUGAGAGGGUGAAGGCCGCCAUGCCCAGGGUGUACGAGCUGGCAGCUGGAGGCACGGCUGUAGGAACGGGACUCAACACCCGCAUUGGGUUUGCUGAGAAGGUAGCCUCCACCGUUGCUUCUCUCACAGGCCUGCCGUUUGUAACUGCUCCCAACAAAUUUGAAGCCCUGGCAGCUCACGACGCCCUGGUAGAGCUGAGCGGGGCUCUCAACACUGUGGCCGUCAGCAUGAUGAAGAUCGCCAAUGACAUCCGCUUCUUGGGGUCAGGACCUCGCUCAGGCCUUGGAGAACUCAUCCUACCAGAGAAUGAGCCAGGAAGUAGCAUCAUGCCGGGCAAGGUGAACCCAACCCAGUGUGAGGCCAUGACCAUGGUGGCAGCCCAGGUGAUGGGGAACCACGUGGCCGUCACGGUCGGAGGCAGCAACGGACACUUUGAACUCAACGUCUUCAAGCCAAUGAUGGUAAAGAAUGUGCUGAACUCCGCACGGCUGCUCGGCGACGCCUCCGUCUCCUUCACCAACAACUGUGUGGUGGGCAUCCAGGCCAACACGGAGAGGAUCAACAAGCUCAUGAACGAGUCCCUCAUGCUGGUCACAGCGCUUAACCCUCACAUCGGGUACGACAAGGCGGCCACCAUCGCUAAAACGGCUCACAAGAAAGGCUCGACCCUGAAGGCUGUGGCCGUGGAGCUGGGCUAUCUGACCGAAGAACAGUUCGACCAGUGGGUGAAGCCAAGUGACAUGCUGGGGCCAAAGUAAACUGACAACCCAAGAAAAAAAAAAAAAAACUCUUUUACACAAAAGAAAAGAGU